UUUGACGAAUCGGCCUCGAUGGCGCCAUUGGUGUUGCCCUAUGUGCAGGGUGAAAGUAAUCGUGUUAUUUAUCAAAUAACAGAAUAUACACCCUUAUUGGAUUCCAGCAAUAUGACCAUGGAUGACUGGGCCAGAAUAGCCACCGAUAUUUAUGACUGCUAUGCAUCUUAUCAUGGCUUUGUGGUUUUACAUGGCACCGAUACGUUAUCCUAUACCGCUUCGGCUUUAUCCUUCAUGUUAGAGAAUCUCGGCAAAACUGUGAUAAUAACAGGUUCUCAAAUACCCAUUUUUGAGACUCGCACUGAUGGCAAAGACAACUUUACCACAUCCCUAAUAAUUGCUGGCAAUUAUGUUAUACCCGAGGUGUGCGUGUUCUUUGGCAAUAAACUUAUGCGCGGCAACCGCACUGUGAAAGUGAGCUCAUGUGCAUUUGAUGCUUUUGAUACUCCCAAUGUCUCGCCACUGGCCCGUAUUGGCAUUAAUGUGGAUGUAGAUUAUAGAUUGAUCUUUAGACCUUGUAAGAUUUCGAACUUCAAUGUUCACUCUGAAUUGGAUGAAAAAGUGGGAAUUUUGCACAUAUUUCCCAGUAUUUCUACCUCGACCUUUAGAGCCUUCUUGGCACCACCCAUAAAGGGUGUGGUGUUGCAGUCAUUUGGUUCUGGCAAUGUACCUUCUAAUCGUAAGGAUUUACUCAAGGAAUUAAAAAAUGCCUCCGACCGGGGAGUGAUUAUUGUAAAUUGUACUCAGUGCCUCAACGGAUCGGUGGCCGAAAUCUAUCAGACCGGAAAGGUAUUAUUUGAUUUGGGUGUUCUUCCUGGUUUCGACAUGACACCCGAGGCAGCUUUAACUAAAUUGGCAUAUGUAUUGGGCAAAAGUGAAUGGCCAUUGGAUAUAAAGAAACAGAUGGUGCAAUCGAAUCUAAGAGGUGAACUAACUCCCACUACAGGCCCCAAAAUGGAAGAAUACGACCUAGUCGACGCUGUGGCCAGAUCUUUGCAUUUAUCUUCGCCCCAAGAACUCAGUCAACUGGGUGCUACACUCUUUCCUGCCAUGCUGAAUGCAGCUGUCAUAGCCGGAGACAUACAAAAGAUCAACAAUUUAAAGGCCUAUGGUGCUGACCUUUCUGGCGUAAAUCAAGAUCAUCGCACCGCUUUGCACUUGGCCUGCAUUGAAGGAAACAUGUCUGUUGUCAAGCAUCUACUGCUAAAUGGUGUUUCCGUCCACAUAAGAGAUCGCUACGAACGCACACCUCUCAUAGAAGCUAUCAGUAAUGAUAAUCAUGAAAUUAUAAAACUACUCAUAAAUUGUGGCGCCCAUUUGACAGGGUCCUCUAGAGCGGUGGGCGAACAAUUAUGUGCCGCUGUUGCCAGAGGCUCUUUGACGCGUCUGCAGUCAUACCAAUUGGCCGGCGCCGACCUUUCACAACCAGACCCCUCCGGCCGGACACCAUUGCAUGUGGCUGCCCUACAUGGUCAUGAAGAAUUAGUACAAUAUCUACUCCAAUACAUGGAUAAUAUAAAUGAAACUGAUAUGUUGGGACUCACUGCUUUGGAUUAUGCUCUGAAGGCAUUUAAGCAAAGUGUUGUUGUGAUUCUGAAUAAUUUUGCACAUAAUCAGUUGUAA